GGCGGCGGGCACCGAGGUCACCAGGCCCAACCUUGGUGGCUCCGAGUCAACUGGGAUGGACCGCUGGCACUCGGGUAAGACAUUGGAUCGUCUGGUCUGGACAGCGGGCAUCGGAGUCACCAGGCAUCAGGUCAUUUGGCUCGAGAAGGGCAGCGGGCAACGCGCGUCAUCUGGCAAGGCAGAGGGCUCCGAGUACAACUGGUAUGACCGCGGGCACUGGGUCCAGACAUUGGAUCGUCCUGGCUGGACAGCGGGCACCUGGGUCACCAGGCAUCAGGUCACUUUUGGCUAUGACAGCGGGCACCGCGUCAUCUGGCAAGGCAGUGGGCUCCGAAGUCAACAGGCAUACGACAGUGAGCACCGGGUCAUCAGGUACCAGGGAUUGUCUGGCUCGACAGCGGGCAUAUCGGGUCACCAGGCAUCAGGUCAUUUGGCUCGACACAGCGGGCACCGGAUCAGGUACACCGGAUCAUUCUGGAUCAACAGAGCCGGCAUCUGAGUCAACUGGCCUAAUAGGAUCGUCAGGCUGGAUCAGUUCAUCAUGCUGGGGUAGAGGCAUCAGGCCGAGUAGAAGGCAUCAGGCUGAAGAGAGGCAUCAGGCCGAGUAGAGGCAUCAG